GGCCUAUUCAAACCGACCCUUUCAGCCUCUCUUUCUCAUCAAUUCCUUCGCUUUCACUCCCAAACAACCAAAACCCAGAAUAUCCCAUACCUCACAACCAAAGAUAUUAAUAUAUAUAUAUACAUACAUUUACCUAUAUAUAAUCUUCGACCCAUUUCACGAGGCCAUUUUCCUAUUGUCUGAAUAAUUGACAAAAAGAGUAGUGUAUUUUUUAUUUCUCAUGGAUUGCUUGGUCCUGCCGGUGAGUAUCUUCAGAAAGUGCUACACGGGGGGGUCACGACCGCUAGGCUACCGGCGGUUGACCGACGAUGGGUUCGGCGAGUCGGGGCCGUUGGUGACGGUGGUGGUCGGCAAGGAGAAGAGGGAGUUCUUGGUGGAUCCGUUUGUGUUGGAAGAGAACCCAUUUCGGAUUUUAAUCGAGAUGAUGAAGAAGAAGAAGAAGAAGGAGGAUGAGGUGGAGGAUGUGAAAAGGAGCGAGAAAAGGGUGAUUUUUGUAGAUGUUGAUGCCAUUUUGUUCGAGCACAUGUUGUGGUUGAUGUAUAAUGAUUGUUCUUCUUUGUUUAAGCUGAACCUCAAGGAGAUAAUUGAUUUCUAUGCUCAUGAUUUUUAGAGAAAAAACCCAGAAUUAAGGCAUAGUUUAUACUAUAUAUAUUUAUAUUUAUGUACAUGUCCAUGAAUACAAUAUCAUCUCAUGAUCCCUGCUUUG